AUGGCUCCUUAUGAGGCUUUGUUUGGACGGAGAUGUAGAUCCCCUAUAGGAUGGUUUGAUGUUGGGGAAAAUCAGUUAGUUGGCCAAUAUUUGAUACAGCAAGCAGUUAAUAAAGUGAAACGAUGCCCUGCAAGAAAGCUACUGCUGCCCAGAAGGGCAAAAGAGCGACAGAAGAGGCCACUAGCCAUACUCGGCAAGCUAUAUAGAGAGGGGCCGUCUGAGACAUCGCAUACCUCUCCUCUAGAACCUACCCCAGUUCCUCAGUCAGAGUGGGCUAGAGUUCCAGGGUAUAAGGCUCUCAGUACCAACCAGAGUCAGGCCAGGCCACAAGAUGAGAGAUUGCCAGAUGAGGGUUGGUAUAGGUAUGGUUCAGCCUACGAGGUCUAUGGCUGGUUCUUCUUCUACAGUACGCCCUUCAGGGAAAGCUUUCCAGACACCGGCAGUACAAGAGAUCCUUCAAGAGUUUUGCCAGUAGAUGACAUCCAGGUGACCAAGCAGUUAUCAUACAAAGAGGUUCCAGUACCUAUAUUGGACAGACAGGUUCGUCGGUUGCGAACCAAGGAUAUAGUUUUCGUUAAUGUUUUGUUGAGGAAUAAGAAUGUUGAGGAAGUGACUUGGCAAGCGGAAGAAGUAAUGAAGAUUAAGUACCCCACAAUUGUUUCCAGCAGUAUAGGAGGUUCAGUCUGA